AUGGAAGAACAUCGGGAUGCAUUGAUGAAUGAGAAUAGUGCUAUGUUCUCACUUACGACUCCGCUUCAGACGGAUGAAGAAUCGGUAUUGGAUAAUACCUCUAAGGAAACUGCAGGAACUUCUACCUUCUUUAAGACUUGUUUCAAUGGCAUUAAUGCUUUAUCUGGAGUAGGGAUACUAUCGGUACCGUAUGCGCUAGCAUCAGGAGGAUGGUUAACUUUGAUACUUCUUUUCAUUGUUGCGGCUGCAACAUUCUACACAGGGUUACUAAUACGAAGAUGUAUGGAUGUAAGUUCAAAGAUAAGAACAUAUCCAGAUAUUGGCGAGCAUGCAUUUGGGAAGAAAGGAAAAACGAUAGUAUCUAGUUUCAUGUACUUAGAACUGUAUGUGGUUGCAACCGGGUUUUUGAUACUAGAGGGUGAUAACUUAAGUAACCUGUUUCGAAACAUGAGUUUCACAUUAGCUGGUGUUUUGCUACUCUGCUUUGUUCUAUGUACGAUUAGCUACGCUACAAUGGCUGUUUUGGGUUAUCUAAUGUUUGGUGAAAAUAUAAAAUCUCAGGUCACAUUGAACCUGCCAACUGACAAACUCAGUUCAAAGAUAGCAAUCUACACAACUUUGGUCACCCCCAUUGCAAAAUAUGCAUUAAUGGCAACACCAAUUGUAAAUGCCAUUGAAAGCUCUUCGGGGAUUAACCACAAUAACAAGAGUAUUAGUCUUCUAAUAAGAACCAUUUUUUUAGUUAGCUCCGUUACCGUCGCUUUAGCUAUUCCAUUUUUCGGGUAUCUAAUGUCUCUAGUUGGCGCGUUUCUAAGUGCCACAGCUUCUAUUAUUAUUCCCUGUUUGUGUUACUUGAAGAUCAUGGGAACAUAUCGAAGAUGGGGAUACGAAUUGGUGACUAUCAUUGGGAUUAUUUUGAUGGGUAUUUCAGUUGUAGUUAUAGGUACUUACACAUCUCUUGAACAGAUUUCAAGUGAGUUCAAUUUGAGCUUUUGA